CCGACCUGAAGCAACAUGGGUCUCUGUCUGAUGCGGCGCCGUGUCGGGUUCCCACUCCCGGGUUUCCGCCGCUGCGAGCUCCACACAGUGCGUGAGCCCUCUGUGCCAGCUCCUCCACAUUGGUUGGCAGAGCGAUUUGGCCUCUUUGAGGAGCUGUGGACCGCUCAGGUGAAAAGGUUAGCAAGUAUAAGACAGAAGAAACCCCAGGCGAUUACGGUAUCACUCCCCGAAGGCCAGAAGGUAGAUGCUGUUGCGUGGAACACAACCCCUUACCAAGUGGCCCAGCAGAUCAGUCUAACACUGGCUGAUACUGCAGUGGCCGCGGAAGUAAAUGGAGAACUCCGUGAUCUGGACCGGCCCUUAGAAACAGAUUGUCACCUCAGAUUUCUGACGUUUGAUUCCCCAGAGGGCAAAGCAGUGUUCUGGCACUCCAGUGCCCAGGUGCUGGGUGCAGCUGCCGAACAACAGCUGGGGGCUGCUCUCUGCCGAGGUCCAAGUACAGAGUCUGGCUUUUACCACGAUUUCUUCCUGGGAAACGAGCGGACAGUGCGCAGCUCAGAGUUGCCCAUUUUAGAGCGGAUUUGCCAGGAGAUCAUAGCUGCUGCACAGCCUUUCCGAAGGCUGGAGGCCUCCCGGGAGCAGCUGCGCCAGCUCUUCAAGGACAACCACUUUAAGCUGCAUCUGAUGGAGGAGGAAGUGACAGGACCAACAGCAGCGGUGUACGGGUGCGGCAUGUCGGUCAACCUCUGCCAAGGCCCCCUUCUUCGGCACACUGGACAGAUCGGCGCACUGAAGCUCCUGACGAACUCCUCAGCCUUGUGGAGGUCCUCAGGAGCGCCAGAGACACUGCAGAGAGUAUCGGGAAUUUCUUUCCCCAAGGCAGAAUUACUGAGGAAUUGGGAAGCACAGAGGGAGGAAGCAGAGUUAAGAGACCACAGACGCAUCGGAAAGGAACAGGAGCUCUUCUUCUUCCAUGACCUGAGCCCCGGGAGCUGCUUUUUCCUUCCACGAGGGACAAGAGUCUACAACGCUCUGGUGGCUUUUAUCAGGGCUGAGUAUGCCCGCCGUGGUUUCUCAGAGGUGAAAACUCCCACGCUGUUUUCUACAAAACUCUGGGAACAGUCAGGACACUGGGAACAUUAUAGGGCAGACAUGUUUUCCCUGAAGCCCCCAGACAAUGUCGGUGUCGACAGCUCCCAGGGUGGCCGCCCCGCUAAGUGGCCCGAAGACACACUUGCUCUCAAGCCUAUGAACUGCCCUGCACACUGCCUGAUGUUUGCCCACCGGCCCAGAUCCUGGCGGGAGCUGCCAGUACGACUGGCUGAUUUUGGAGUCCUGCACCGGGCAGAGGCCUCUGGCAGUCUGGGAGGAUUAACACGGCUCUGGCGCUUCCAGCAAGACGAUGCUCACAUCUUCUGUGCACCCAAUCAGCUGGACACAGAGAUCCGGGGCUGCCUGGACUUUCUCCAAUCUGUCUAUGCUGUUCUUGGUUUUUCCUUCCGCCUGGCUUUGUCUACUCGACCAUCAGACUUCCUGGGAGAGCCUCACCUAUGGGACCAGGCUGAGCAGGUCCUACAGCAAGCCUUGGAGGAGUUCGGAGAACCCUGGGACCUUAACCCUGGAGAUGGUGCUUUCUAUGGGCCUAAGAUUGACGUGCACCUCCGAGACGCUCUUGGUCGGCCCCGGCAGUGUGGGACCGUGCAGCUUGACUUCCAGCUGCCACAAAGAUUUGACCUACAGUACAAGGGGCAAGCAGGGACCCCAGAGCGUCCAGUCCUUAUUCACCGGGCAGUGCUUGGCUCCGUGGAGAGGAUGUUGGGAGUGCUGGCGGAGAACUGUGGGGGGAAGUGGCCCCUGUGGCUAUCUCCGGUCCAGGUGGUGGUCAUCCCUGUGGGGACAGAGCAAGAGGAAUAUGCCAGGCAGGUACAGCAGUGCCUACAGGCUGCAGGACUAGUUAGUGACCUCGAUGCAGAUUCUAGCCUGACCCUCAGUCGGAGAGUCCGCCGGGCCCAGCUCGCCCAUUACAAUUUUCAGUUUGUGGUUGGCCCGAGAGAGCAGAGCCAAAGAACCGUGAAUGUGCGCACUCGAGACAACCGGCGGCUGGGGGAGUGGGACCUGGCCGGGUCUGUGCAGAGACUGCUGGAGUUACAGGACGCCAGGGUCCCCAAUGCGGAAGAGGUGUUCUGAGUCUUUGCUCACUGGUGAGGUGAGGACUCCUGAGCUGUCCGUCCCACCCCAUCCAGCAGCCCAGCAU